GAUUUGCCUUGUGCACUGUACAUGCUGGGGAAGAGGACAUGUCUGGUAACCAAUCCAGCCGAGAGGGGUGUGUGUAUGUGUUGUGAUAAAUGGGAAAUAUUUUUUUUUCUCUGUUGGGAACCUUACAGACAGAACAAUGAAAGUCGGGACUGGAAAGCAGUUUCCGGGAUAUUCUUUCCUUUGUUUCAAUAAGACCGACAGCUCCCAGGAAGAAGAGGAGUAGGGGUGACAUGUAACUUUUCACCGGCAGGCUCCUUCUCAUCUAUUUGUCUGAGACGGAUCCAUUGUGGGCUCAGUCUCAGGUCAGUUUUUAAAGGCUUGUUUGCUUUGAAUUCAGAAUGAAUGAUGGGGUAAGAUCAGGCAGUUACUUUCCGACGCACAGGACUUCUCCAUUCGCCAGUGCCUUGAGGAUCCAAAUGCCGUCCCCACGGAGGUUUAUUGUGACGUCCACAUCCUUGCCCCUGAAUGUGGACUGGGAUUUGAACAUCCUUAUCUAUAUGGCAAUUUUUUUGCUCCUUUUGCUCUUGCUGGUGCUUCUGCUGUUCUUGGUGAUAAAGCAGCUGAGAAACUCAGUAGCAGCUGUAGCUUUGCAGCCGAGCCGCUCAGUGAGAGACCCCCGGCGCCUGUGCCGAGAGCAAGCAGUCUGAGCGUGCUGCUGGGGUGAUGUGAGAGACGCCUCUUGACAAGGGCUCAGUGCGAGGCAGCUUGCUGCAUAAAGACAAGUCAGGCUGAACUCCGAGAGCUCUGCUGUUUAACACUGAUAUCUUACUUUCACCGGUCUUUCUUUGGAUUUCAAGAAUGGCUAAACAAUGCAGAGACACCGUGCUUGCUUGGAAGUAAAAGGAUCCAGUAAAACAGUGACACCAUUUGCUGUUUUCCUCCGGCUUUACUCUGAAGGCUCAUGGAAGUUUUGCUUUAAGUCUCUCAAUUAUUAAAUCUUUUCCUGAGACUUAAUAAGAUGGGCUGUUCUUAUUCUUGGGAAGUUCUUUAACAUCUUAUCUCCUGCGUGGAGGCACCUGACAGGGAAGGUAAGGCUGAUGUGAUGUGAGCUAAUUUAUUACGUGCCCAUGUGGCUGCUUCUAAAAGGCAGUGCAGACGAUUCCUGGACUUUUGCCUCCACGGGGUCUUUGUGUGUGCGUCACAUUGUCUUUCUUUUGUUUUUUCUCCCAGCUCUUUCUCUUUUUCUACGUGGAACUGAACAAUGUGAAAAAGCCUUUUAUCAGAUCUCUUGUAUGUGUAUAGAAAGUCAGUGUGACACGUUCUAACAUGGUGUUUGCACCGACAUGCUUUUCAUAUGGAAAUCCAAAUAAAUUAGCUUCUCUUCCUGUUUAAAUUAUGUCAGCUUUCUUUAAUUCCCAUGUGGACCCUUUACCACUCUCAGCACAUCAACCAUUUUAAUGUUCUGUUACAAACCUCGCAAUUCCGCUGCUCUCCAGCCUCCUUUUUUCAAUACUCAUUACAGAGCAAAACAAAACAAUCAGAUCGCUUUGACUGUGGGCAAAGAAAAUGAUAUAUUUAAAUGGAGCUAAGUAGGAUACAGAUUUUGGAAUUCAUUUCAUUAGAGCCAGUUUUCUUUUUUAAUGGAUUUGAAAAACGUUUCCUCAUUCACUGCACAGGUGCAAUCUCCAUGCCAGCACAGAUGGACAAGAAACAGAUGAACGACUCUCUUCCCAUUUAUCUAAAACGGCUAAAGGCAAUCUGUAUGAAGUUCACAAGAGGACCUUUUAGACGCAGAAGGCCAUGGGGCAUGAGGUUUACACUUGCCCCCAUCUGGCCACUUCAUCAUUACCUUAGCCUCCAGGCCUAAAACUAGACAAACAGUAAGCAAACAAAAUUGAAAUUUAGAUGCAGAAUGCCUCUGCUUUGCAAGCUGCUGAGGAGACGUGCUCUGCUUUAUUUAUUUUGUACAAAGCAUACUUACAGCAUUUCACUUUUGACUUUAUACUGCGCACAUUGUGACUGAUGGAGUUACCUGAUAUGCAUGAAAAGAGCUGCAGGGCCAAGAUAGGCCUUACAUAAUAAAGUCCACUCUAGUGGCUGAAGCUUUCACAAAGCAAAAAGUACAGAGUGAUAGCCCACUUGUGUUUGCUGGUCCAUGUAUUACAAAUGCAUAAGCAGUGGCAGCUCCUAAAUUCACGUUUUCCAUAUGAGGAAAUGAUUAAGUGCAAGUUCUAACAGGUCUGAGUCAUGCGUGUGCAGUGAAACAAGGGACUUUGCUGGCCAAAAUGUCCUUGCCAUGCCAGAUUAGCUAUCUCUUUCUUACAGCUUUGCAAUUAAAUAAUAAGCACAAUCACACACGCACACCGGGCCACUUUAGAGUGUACAAUCAAAAGCAAGUAGCAUACAUGUCUUUGGUGUGUGCAGAAACCAGAAACCCGAAAGGCACCCAUACUGGUAGUGACCAGGCUGGGAACCUUAUGAUAGAUAGACUGGCAUCCCCCCCUGAGUUGUUGGCUGCCUUUUACCUGAAGCUGCUCCAUCUCUGCAUGUCCUAAAAUUGGAUUAAGUGGGUUCAAUAAAAGGAUCAAUACAUAAUAAACAAACUGUAAUUUUAAGAUCUCACCCUGAAGGUCCAUGUAUUUGUGGGCAUGUUCUAUCUGAUUCUCACUUUCACUCUGGGGAGAAAUUUGUACUUGGGGCUUGGAUUAGGAAGAAUGUUUACUUUUGCGCCAUACUUUAUUUUAAAUAUCUUUACUUGCAUUGUGUCCAUGUCCAUUUUUGAGUGCUGGUAACAUUUUAGUUCUAUGUGGCACUGUUGGCAAACACUAUAUCAUGGUCAUCCUCUUGUGAACCAUGGAUAUUUAAAUACCAUGCAUCUAUAGAGACAGAACAUGAAUUUAGCCAUCCAACAACCAAUAAGUAUUUGGAAUUUUCUGGUUCUUGACUUUAUAAUUUGGAUUUUGACUUCAUAUCUUAUUUAUCAAAUAGGGAAGAUUAUUUUGGAUGAUCUAGAGCUCUCUGGUCAUGAUUUUAG